AGAGAAAGGGGCAGCGCUGGCUGAGCCAAGAGGUUGAAUCCCAGAGGCCUGAGAUGGGUGUCGGGCCUCUUCCCCAGGAACAUUCCCUUUCGACUCCGCUUGUCCCAAGGAAGGGACUGGUUCCCAGAUAACGAAUGGGCAGCAUAGGGAGGUUACCCCAGGCUUCGUGACUGUUCUGAGAGGACCAGAGAGACUUCUUCACCACCACCCGCACCAGAGAGAAGAGAAGAACCACAGAGACAAGAAUGAAAAUGAGGGAUAAACUUAGGGAAGAGGAUGCAACCCCUCACUCUGACGCCCCAAGCCUAACCAUCACCUCUGAAAGCCAGCCCUAUGGUUCAUGAUGCAAACGCCACCAAGAAGGCGAGACUGCAGAGCCUGUAUCUUUGGCUGACAGGGCGACGUCCCUUCUCUUGGCCAGAGUGCGGACUGCUUAGAUUCUCAGAGAUGAAGCCAAAAAAAGCAGAAGAGCAGGGAAGCUACUGAGGCAGGAAGAAGGGGGGCUGGGUCAGGUUCUGUCAGAAAGAGGGGGACAAAGGGGAUUCCACGGAAUGGAAGCGGAGGGGAAUUUCUGAGCAGGGAAAGUGAAAGUUCUGAGCCAUAAAUAAGAGGCAGUUGCAGCUUCGCACAGGCUUUCACACACAUUCCCUGAGCCCUCACUGCCCGCAAGGCCGCCUGUGCGCGUCCCAUCGCUCCCUCCCGCUGCCAGCGAGUUUCAGCCUCCCGAGACCCAGGCCCGCGCCCACUGUCUCACGGUCUGUGUGCCUCUGUCCGCCCUCCAUGGCAUCGCAAGCAGCUGCAGUGCUGGCCCUCAGCCUGCUGAUUCUCCAGACCUCCCCGGCUCUGGGUGGUGCCAACGACGCUGAAGACUGCUGCCUGUCUGUAACCCAGCGCCCCAUCCCAGGGAACAUCGUCAGAGCCUUUCGCCACCUCCUCAUCAAGGACGGCUGUAGAGUGCCUGCUGUUGUGUUCACCACACUGAGGGGUCACCAGCUCUGCGCACCUCCAGACCAGCCCUGGGUGGACCGCAUCAUCCGGAGACUGCUGAAGAACUCUGCAAAGAACAAACGCCACAGUAGUUAGCCCCUGACAGCCCCGGAGGGAGCCCUGUGUCUGAGUGAAGGGAUGUGACUCACUGCAGCCCUGGGGAACCAAGGAUCAGAAGGGAGGACCAGGCCUCCAGCGACUCUGCACCAGACCUGACCCAGCCGGGACGGGGCCUGGAGUGUGAGUGUGAGUGUGAGUGUGAGUGUGAGUGUGAGCAGGGGUGAGUGUGGCGUAGCAGGAGUGCAGCUUCUUCUCUACACCCAGACCACAAUGCUUCCAAUAAAGCCCGACUGGUACCCACGGA